CGGACCGGCAGGAGGUGCUCGAGGUGUUCCCUCCGGAGGUCAAGAAGAUGCUGCAGCAGCUGUACGCGGGCGACCAGGACCCAAAGACGGCGUCUCUGGUGCUCCAGGACUGCGUCGCGUCGUCCACCGUCGACUCGCUCAACCUGUUUGUCACCAAGUCCGGCCGGCCGAUCUUCCUGGGCCGCGGCGCGCAGUACCUAGACGCGCGCGGUCAGUGGGGCGGCAAUUUCAUCUCGUAUGCCAACCAGGACGACUACCGCGUGCGGUAUGCCGGCCUGCUGGAGACGCUGGCCAGCGUGCUGCAUGCGCGCGGCUACUACGGGCCCGUGGGCAUCGACGUGAUGCAGGACGCCGACGGGCAGCCGUACAUCGUCGACCUGAACCCGCGCGUCACGGCGAGCUACCAGCUGAGCCUGCUGCGCGGGCACUUCUACGAACGGCGCGGCCUAAGCGAGGCGGUGCUCUUCUAUCCGCUGGGCCUGAAGUGCACGCGCGAGACGUUCGACGACGUCUUCCGCGCCGAAAUCACGGCCGGCCGCGUCGUCGUCUGCGGCUGGUGUGAAGGCCGUGCUGGGCCGGGGGGAGUUUUCCGGUAUAGCACAGUCUCGCUGGUGCUGGGCGGCAAGAAUGCGGCCGAUCUGCAGCAGUUGGUUGACAAGGUGAAUGCAUUCAAGAUCUACAAGUGA